AAGAAAGAUUAACUUUGUGUAAUAAUUUACAUGCGCAAAAUGUUUAUUAAUCUAAAAUAAAUAAAUUAUUUAUACAGUGUUUUAGUGUUUGAUAAUAUGGCAAAAGAAUUGAAUGAAAUUGUUUUGAGUUACUACGAUUGCUUACUGAGGACUAGUGAUGUUGCAUUACUUCAAGGAUCACAUUGGUUGAAUGAUGUUAUAAUAGGAUUCUACUUUGAAUAUUUAGAUAAUACAUUUAAUAAAAUUGAAAAGAAAGAAUUAUAUUUUAUAAGUCCGGAAUUAACACAAUUAUUAAAAAUGACAGAUCCAUCUCAAUAUAAUGUAUUUUUGGAUCCUUUGAAUAUAUCAGAAUGUAAAUAUAUAUUUUUUCCUUUGAACAAUUGUGAUAGGAAAGAUGCGGCUGGGGGAUCACAUUGGAGUUUAUUAGUAUUUUGUAAGCAAGAUAAGACAUGUUACCAUUUUGAUUCAUCAAGAGGUUAUAAUAGUAGUAUUGCUUCAAAGUUUGCAAAGAAUGUAAUGAGUUGUUUACUUGAUAAAGAUGAAUCUAACAAGAAAUUUGUUGAUAUGGAUAGUCCGCAACAAGAUAAUGGUUACGAUUGUGGCGUUUAUGUUUUAUGUUUAGCAGAUGUAAUUGCAAGGAAUGUUUUGGAAACUGGUAAUAUAAUUGAAUGUGAUUAUAAUUACGCUAAAAAAUUAGUACAAACAAAACGUACAGUAUUAUUAAAUUUAAUAAAUGAUCUUAAACGCAAAUCAAACAUUGAUAAAUAAUAUGUAUAAUGUAUACA